AUAUCCUGCACCGGAAAGCGGAAACCGUAUAAAUGGCGCUCAUUUGCUGUGUGCGGUUAGUAGCUCCUACUACAUUUUAUUCUGGUCGCCAUUGUGGGAAUCGCAACGACGUAACGGAAAAUGGAUUUCGUGGUGGGCAUCCUCCUGCUGAGUGCGGUUUACAGCGUUCAAGCGGGGAAUCUGAUUACACGCGAUGAGUUCCAAAGGGCAGUGACAACCAUCGGUUACUGGCGCUACAAACCGCCCACGGAUGAACAGUAUGAGCUAAUUAUGCGCGAUGCCGGACCCAAAGGCAAGAUCACCACCAAACGGGAACUGGCCAUGUUCCUUGCCAAUGUAUUCCACGAAAGCGAAGGCAUGGGGGCCACGGAAGAGCGAGGACCCAGUGGACCGUAUGGGAACUACGUACCGUAUGAGAAGAACCCCAACAACCCGGAGCUAAAGUAUCACGGGCGCGGUUACCUAAUGCUGCGCGGCUACUGGGCGUAUAAGGAAGCCUCACAAGGACUGUACGAGGACAAUCGACUGGUGGAGAACCCGGAGCUGGUAAAGGAUGCGCCGGCUGCGUGGGACACCGCGUUCUGGUUCUGGGCCAACAAAGUGCACAACCAGCCCGGUAUUGCUGAUGGAAAAUUCGGUGUCUCAACCAAGGCGAUUACCGGUGGCCGGGAAUGUCAGGAGUACGAAGAAAUGCCAGAGAGAUUGGACAUCUACACGAAAUUGUUGAGAAUCUUCGGUGUGGAAGAGACCGCCAAUUAUGCUGGAUGUUUUAGCGAAUAACUGGGGCUAGACUCAUGUUGUUUGCUUGAAUCAACAUUAGAAAGGCGUCUAGUUUAGAAUGCCGCUUGGUGUUUAUCUAGAUCCACCUUUAUCACUUACCAAAAUUAUGGGUUCAUAGACACCAGUUUUACCUGCUUAAUUGGAAAUAAAAAUGAAGUUUUGUUA